AUGGCGACCGGUUCGUAUGCACCUCUCGAUGAUAAUCCUAUUUCAAGCGAUAUUUGCAGUUCAAGCAGUGAAUUUUAUGAAUCAAGUGAUGAUAGUGUGGUUGAUAAGAAUUUCGUACCAUCAAAUGAUGACGAAAGUUCAGAUACAAGUGAGGAAGGCGACUCACCUGUACCUACUAAAUUAUCAAGAAUAACUGAAACUACACCCGAAAAAACUCCGCAAACUCGUUGGAGACAAAGAAGGGACGAGAACUAUGAACAGGUGAAAAGGUAGAGAAGACGCAAUUUAGGACAAGAAUAUUCAACAGUAAAGAGCAAGAAACUUGUUAAUCCUCGAGAAUUGGGUUCACCAUGUAGAUGCCAGAAGAACUGCCAAGACAAGCUCAGUAAUAGCCAUUAAAAUAUCUUCACAAAAUUCUGGGAUCUAGGUUCCUAUGAUCUUCAGAACAGUUACCUUUUUGGUGCUAUUCGAGUUCUAAAAAAGAAAAGAUCUUACAAGAAAAAACAAAAACAUCAAGAAUCUAGUCGACAGUUUACAGCUCAAUAUAUUGUUAAUGUUGAUGGUAGGGAUGUCAGGGUAUGUAAGGUCGAAUUUAUGAGUGUCCAUGGACUGCAAAAUUGUCGAGGCAGAAUCGACCAUAUUGUCAAAAUGAAGACAACCGGAGCUGUUGUCCCUAUAAAAGACGGACGUGGUAAACAUAAAAAUAGACCAAAUGCACUAAGCGCUGACCAAAAACAAUCUGUCAGAAAUCAUAUAGAUGCUAUACCAAAAUAUCAGAGCCACUAUAGCAGAGCAAAUAACAUCAACAAAAUGUAUCUUAACUGCGAUAUGUCCAUAGCAAGCUUGCAUACGGAUUAUUAUGUUCCGUGGUGUCAACAACAAAACAUUAUUCCAGUGAAACAAAGUGCUUACCGUAAAAUAUUUUGCACUGAAUACAAUAUCGGUUUCAAGCUGCCCAAGUCUGACACAUGUAAAAUAUGUGACGAGUCAAAGAUCAAACUUGAUAUUGUCAAAUCAAAC